AUGAGAUAUACAACAAUAUCAUCUAAAUCUGGUCCAAUAUUUCGAAUGAGUACAUUUCGUAAUGAUGAAGUAUUGGUAUCUGAAUCAAUCGAACAUCUUCCAUCAAUUCGAAUCAUUAUGGUAAUCAUAUGUUUUCUUAUUGGUAUUGGUACAUUAAUUAAUUUAAUAGUCACAUAUAUUAAAUAUAAAUUAAUCUUCAAACAAAGUUUAUUCUAUAGAAUAAUAGUACCAUUCUUAUUAUUUUUAAAUAUUAUAUUUCAUGUUUCACAUUAUGCUCAUAAUAUUUAUGAUCCUGCAGGAUACCAUGAACCAAAAUUUCUCUAUAGAAAAAUAGUUUUUAGUGAAAUGGAACAAACAUUUUUAUUUAAUUUUCCUCUAUCAAUUUUAUUUAUGAUUGCAACUCGAAAAUUAUUAUUAUGUUGUACGAAACAACCAACAAAAUCUUUGAAUAUGUUUAUUGUAGUCGCAUUAUAUUGUUUAUUAUCAAUGAUUAGUGGAGGACAUUAUAUACAUGAACCACCAUCGAGUUUUUCAUUAAUACAUAAUAUAACUAUUUCAGGUGAAACAAUCGUUGCAUUUCUAUUAUUUAUUGUUGCAUUAUGUAUUCAUCGAUCAAUUACAAAUAAAAUUAACAAACGUCGAUAUAAUCGAUUAGUAACCGAUGAAGAUAUAUCAAAUUCAAAUGAUCCAUUGUCAAUAAGUCAACAACGACCAUUAAAAAGCAAGAUGAGUGAUAAUGAAUAA